AUGGAUGCAAAACUUGAGGCGAGAAUGGCAUCUGUAUGGGAGGUGGUCUCCUCCAGGCACGCAGUCGAAGCCACCGACUUGUCGCUCAUCCAAAACGUGACGCGUGCGCUGGCCGCCAUGCACGAGCGAGUCGAACAGCAGCACGCGGAGUUGACGCGAUGGCACCGGCAAAACUACAAGCUGAUGUGCACGAUGGUUGUACACGUCAACUGGCGUGAGGAGGACCACCGUCAGCUGCGCGAUGAGUUGGUGAACGUUCGACAACAGCUCGGACGUGUUGCCGUGCGUGGCGACGUUCCUCUUCUGCGGCCACGCAACGGAGGGUAA